GAGCUACUGCUCAUCCAUGCGAAUUUUGCGAUGGACUGGGGCUAUGCCAACCAGAGAUCACUAGGUCCGCACUACACCAUCUUCUACUCACCGGAUUUCGUGCAGCAGUCCGUCAAUGUGGCGUUAUGCGCGAAAACACAUGGUUGGAUGGGCAUUGGCUGGCUGGACCCAAACCGGGCAGGCGGUCCUCUCAUGCAGGACACUGACAUGGUAGUCGCCUUCGUGAAAGAUGGCCAGGCCGGCGUCCAAGAUCGCUUUGCUCGCUGGAUCGAAGAGCCGCUGAAGGACGAGUUGCUUGCGGGGCAGCGCUCCGACGAUGCAGG